CGCCGCCGCAUGCGGCCCUGGCGCCGCCGCAGGCCACAGGCACUCCGCUGCCACGGCGAGGCAGCUGCAGCCCCUCUGGGCAGGACAGCCAGGGCAGGCGCCACUUGGCUCCAGCCCUUGAGCCCCAGGCCAGCCAAGGGCGUGUGGGGUCGUCUGUCUCUCUUUUCCUUCUGCCUGCCUUUCUGUGCGCUGAAGGCGGCCGUCCAUUUCACGGUCGGGAGGACGUGCGAGGAGGUUGGGGCCGAGCUCGGGCUGUCCUUCACGAAGCAGGUCAUUGCGACGCUGUCGGAGGUCACUUGCAGACAGCUGCAGACUUACACAGCUGACCUCGAGGCCUUUGCAAAACAUGCGCGCAGAACCACAAUCAACUGUGACGAUGUAAAACUUCUUGUCCGUCGAAACAGUCAUCUGGCUGAUCAUAUGAAGGAAAUGGCAGACGGCUUGGAAGAGGCCGGUGGGAAGAAAGAGCGAAAGAAGCGAGGGAGGAAACCUAAAGCCUCCGUCGCGGCCGAAACUUCAAAAGAAGAGCAGGAACCAGAAUAAUAUUCUCAAGUUGAUUUUUAGAUAUUUGCUAUUCAUAAAGAUAUUCCACAUCUUGUCUGAAUUACGUUUUUCUUACACAGAGGCCCUUGGAAACCAUGCUGCUAUAAAACGUUCUGUUAACUGCCAUUGUUCUUAAUUCAUUUGCUAGGAAUGGUAAAAAAGGAACAAUCAGCAAAAAUAUCUAUGGUAAUUACGUGAACAAUAAUAUACUCAAAUUUUAUAUUAUCUGUAAUGUGAACUAGUUCUAUAUUCCUUUACUAUUAAAAUAUGUGUACUUUGA